GAAACUUAUACAGGUUUGAAACAACGUGAGAUAGUCUACUGCUGGGACAGGUGCAUCGUCUCCUCUCUUCCCUUCUCAUCAUGGCUUCUUCCUCGCGCUAGCCGCGUGUUUCAGUUCCACGUCGGCUAAAGGAAGGUCGUCGCCUAUCGUCAGAUCCGCAAGGCAUUUCGGGCUACUGGAGGCUGAUUCGCCCAACAAUACAAACAAGCCUCCGGACAUAGUGGAUUCCGCUGCACAUGCGAAAAGCCGCCAGCUUAUGUAUUAACAUAAAUUCAGCCCCCAUGAAUGCAUGCUUAUUUCCUCACUCUUUUGGAAGAGCCAGUAUAUAAUUGCGAAUGAACUGGGAUAAAAUAUCCAGCACGCGCGACAAAUAGCUAAUCCUAGAAUAGGAAAUACACAGUAACACUCCAGUAUGGCGGACAGUAUGAUGAGUAAAGCAGCCACUAUGGAGAUUCCUAUUAGCAGUAAUGGGGACUCUAGGAAUCUAGCAGAAGAUGACAGCCUGGAGCAGGAUGCAAAGAUUCAGUGGAGCUUAAGAGAGAAGGUAGGGAGUCCCGCAGGCCUGAGGGACUUUCAGCAGGUCAUGGUGUCUGGGCCCAACCUAAAUGAGACCAGUAUCGUAUCAGGUGGUUAUGGAGGUACAACAGAAGGCAUCAUUCCGACAAGCUCCAUCAAAGGCCCUGCGGUCCGUCUUAACAUUGACUUUUUGGGCAACAGACGCAUUCCAAAUGAAGGGCAAGACCUGCGAAUGAAGUCUAGGGGUGUUAACAUUGCCCCAAGCCAGAUUGCUGCCUGCCGAAUAGCCCGCCAAUCAGAAGACAUCCCCUGUAUCCCAGGGUCCAACAUGCAUCACGCCAGUAGCAAUUCCUCCAUGACAGCAGAAGAUGCCACAAGAGGCGUUGCUGUGGAAAAGUUUGACAUCGUGAAGAAAUGGGGCCUGAACACGUACAAGUGCACCAAACAGAUGAUCUCCGAGAGGUUUGGCCGUGGCUCACGUACUGUGGAUUUGGAGCUGGAGGCUCAGAUUGAGGUUCUGCGGGAAACCAAACGGAAGUACGAGAAUGUGCUGCAUUUAGCGCGAGCGCUAACCAACCACUUUUACAGCAUGGUGCAGACGCAGCAAGCCCUUGGAGACACUUUUGCUGACCUCAGUCAGAAGUCUCCAGAACUUCGGGAUGAGUUCGGAUACAAUGCAGAAACACAGAAGUUGUUGUGCAAGAAUGGAGAGACUCUGCUCGGUGCCAUCAACUACUUUGUGUCCAGCAUCAACACUCUGGUGAACAAAACAAUUGAAGACACAUUGAUGACUAUCAAGAUGUAUGAGAAUGCCAGGCUAGAGUUCGAUGCAUACAGGGCAGAUCUGGAGGAGUUGAACAUGGGCCCACGGGACGCUGUUACUAUGGCUCGUAUCGAGGCUGCUCAGCAGCAGUACCAGAUCCACAAGGAAAAAUAUGAACGUCUCCGCAGUGAUGUCAGCAUCAAGCUCAAGUUCCUGGAAGAAAACAAGGUCAAAGUGAUGCACAAGCAACUUCUGCUGUUCCAUAAUGCCAUCUCUGCCUACUUUGCUGGAAACCAGCAACAGCUGGAACAGACCCUCAAGCAGUUCAACAUUAAACUCAAACCACCAGGGGCCGACAAACCUUCUUGGCUGGAGGAACAGUGAAAGUGCCCGUUUACCCCUGGUUUCCUGUUAUGUCUUUAGCCACACAGAGCAACACAGAAGGACCACAAGAGACCAGCGUUCUGAGAUGCUAGCAGAGACGGGGGCUACAACAAAGCCUCCUUCACACUAACUCUCCCUAUACUUCUCUUCCUUGAUUCUUCUUCUCCUCCUCCUCAUCCUGUUCUUGCUCUGAGACUGUUUUCAAGUGUCUGAAUAGUCACCUGUAAUAUGUAACUGGUCCCAAAGGUUCCAAUCAAAUGUCAGUUUAAGCUUUAUCCCUAUAAAAUCCUUCUGAUAUGGCAGUCAGAACAGCUGUUUUUUAUUCUCAGUCUUACUUGCAUGCUCUCUCUCUCUCUCUCUCUCUUUCUCUCUCUCUCUCUCUCUCUGUGAGUGACCACAUCUUGAGGAAAUUUUCCUUUUGUUUUUCUGUGAAACGCGUUUUAUUUUGCUACUACUAUCUUUUUUCUGUGUUGUAGAUUUGGUCUUGUAGCUAAUGGAGGGUCCAGAUUAUUCCUAUCACAGAGCGUUCAAUGUCGGUAGUUCUAACAAAAAGUAAUUUUAUUUUGAUAAAAUCCAGAUAUAGUUUUAUCUGAUAUUGGUAUUGAUUAAGGUCAUUUAACCUCAAAUUAAUAAUACUGAAAUAUGUUAUAUUUCAUCAGAUGUGGGUGCAUAGUUUCCUGCACGUUUAACAAAGCCCAGCAAGAUUAAUCUAAAAAUCACAGUUUCUUUACAGCUUUGAAUUUAUGAAGCAUGUUUGUUUUAUUUUGACAAUUAUAGUUUAUUGUAGUAUUAUGUACCAGUGCAUAAUGCUGUAGAAUGUUUGUAGGUUUAUGAUGUUCAUUUUUAAGUUAAUAAUCAUACGUUAAUCAAGGAAGUGUAUGUAUGAGUUGUAUUUGAUUGUUUUAACACAGACCAGUUAUUGAGGCCCACCAUUAUCUGCCUCUUUAUCUACCAAAAUUUGCACUAAUGUUUAUGUACUGACUUGUGUUCUGUUAACGUAAGCAAAGCCCUAAUAUUCUUCCAUUGUGCAUUCAAAUUGCAAUUGGUUCUGAUGCACCCUGUGUUUAAUGACUUUAUCUGCCUUGGUUUAAAAAAAAACAAAGCAAUUUUUCCCUAAUGAAAGAUUUAUGUUAAUAUCCCAUUAAUAUCACAGUAACUUUUUUCUUUCUUUCUGUGUCAUAGUAGUGCUAAUGUAUUAUUCCAUUAGGCUAACUCUCACAAUUUUUCACAAAAAU